CGGGGCCGUCACAGGGCGCCAGAGCCCGCAGGGGGGCGCCGGGCGCGUAGAGCCUGGACCGGUACCGCCCCCCCAGCUGGGACUGGACCGGUACCGCCCCCCCAGCCUGGAUCGGACCGGACCGGACCGGACCGGUACUGCGCCCCCCCCAGCCUGGACCGGGCCCGACCGGUGCCGCCCCCCCCAGCCUGGAUCGAACCGGACCGGUACCGACCCCUCCAACUGGGACUGGACCGGUACCGCCCCCACAGCCUGGAUCGGACCGGACCGGUACUGCGCCCCCCCCCAGCCUGGACCGGGCCCGACCGGUGCCGCCCCCCCCAGCCUGGAUCGGACCGGACCGGUAUCGACCCCCCCAGCUGGGACUGGACCGGUGCCGCCCCCCACCAGCCUAGACCGGACUGGUACUGUGCCCCCCCCAGCCUGGACCGAGCCCGACCGGUGCCGUCCCCCCAGCCUGGACCGGACCGGACCGGUACCGUCCCCCCAGCCUGGAUUGGACCGGAACCACCAAAUCCAGCCGGGUUUGGACCGGUGCCGCCCCCAGCCUGGACCAGACCGGUGCCGCCCCCUCAGCUGGAACCAGGACAGCUGCUGGAUCCCUCCCGGCCCGGCUUGGAGCCGGCCCCAGCGCUGCCAUGAGCUGAGGGCACCGUGCCCGGCGCUGGCCCGGCCGGCCGUGUGGGCACCAGAGCUGCCAUGACCCCGGAGACGGGACGCUGGGCACCGGUGCCUGGGAAGACGCUCUGAGCAAGUCCCGCCAGCGGGGGGCGCUGCCCGCCCUAUGGAUCUCCACCCCUUCGGCCCGCGGCCCCCCAGGGACGGCGGUGCUGACUCCCGGCACCAGCCCCCAGCCCGGGAGGCACCGUCCGGGCGCCGGCUCAAACUGGAGGAGGACGAGGAGGCCGCCCGGCCGCGCUCUCCCUGGGCCCCACCCUGGCCCCCCGGCCCCGGGGAGGCCGGGCCGGAGCAGGGCGAGGCCGCGCGCUACGGUCGCUACCUGCUGAUCGACAGCCAGGGGCUGCCCUACACAGUGCUGGUGGAGGAGGUGGGUGCGGCGGGCGAGCGGGCGGGCCUGCGGAAGGUGUACUGCUGCCCGGUGUGCUCGCGGACCUUCGAGUACCUCUCCUACCUGCAGCGGCACAGCAUCACCCACUCGGAGCACAAGCCCCACGUCUGCCGGGCCUGCGGCAAGGCCUUCAAGCGAACGUCCCACCUCGAGCGGCACAAGUACACCCACGCCGGGCGCAAGCCCCACCAGUGCCCCAUCUGCCAACGCAGCUUCCGUGACGCCGGCGAGCUGGCCCACCACCAGCGCGUGCACACGGGCGAGCGCCCCUUCCAGUGCGAGGACUGCCAUAUGCGCUUCGGCGAGCGCAACACGCUCCAGCGGCACAUCCGGCGCAAGCACCGCCAGCAGCCGCCCACGCCCUGACGGGCACGGGGAGUCCUGGAGCCGGACCGGCGCGGCCCCGACGGGCACAGAGAGUCCUGGAGCCAGACCGGCACGGCCCUGAUGGGCACGGGGAGUCCUGGAGCCGGACUGGCGCGGCCCUGACAGGCACGGGGAGUCCUGGAGCCGGACUGGCGCUGCCCCCAUGGGCACGGGGAGGCUCGAAGCCGGACUGGCGUGGCCCCGACGGGCAUGGGGAGUCCUGGAGCCAGACCGAGGAGCCCUGGAGCCAGACUGGCACGGCCCCGACGGGCACGGAGAGUCCUGGAGCCAGACCGGCAAGGCCCCGAUGGGCACGGGGAGUCCUGGAGCCGGACUGGCGCCGCCCCCAUGGGCACGGGGAGGCUCGAAGCCGGACUGGCGCGGCCCCAACGGGCACGGAGAGUCCUGGAGCCAGACCGGCGCGGCCCCGAUGGGCACGGGGAGUCCUGGAGCCGGACUGGCGCCGCCCCCAUGGGCACGGGGAGGCUCGAAGUGGGACUGGCGCGGCCCCGACGGGAACGGAGAGUCCUGGAGCCAGACCGGCGUGGCCCCGACGGGCAUGGGAAGCCGCCCUGACGGGCACGGGGAGCCCCAGAGCCGGACCGACACCGCCCGCACCCCGACGGGCACGGGGAGCCCCGGAGCCGGACCGACACUGCCCGCACCCCAACGGGCACAGGGAGCCCCGGAGCCGGACCGACGCCGCCCGCACCCUGACGGGCACGGGGAGCCCCGGGACCGACGCCAUCCGCACCCCGAUGGGCACGGGGAGCCACAGAGCCGGACUGACACCACCCACAGCCUGUGGGGCACGAGGAGCCCCGAAGCCAGCCUGGCAACUCCCCAUGGCUUAGCCAUGUAGCAACCCUUGUCCCCAUAUGGGCCCCUGACUCUGGGGGCAUGGUGGUCUCUACUGUACGCCCACACCUGCCUAGGGGAGGGGGAUGUGCCCUGUAUCCCUGUGGGCAGCCCCUCUGUGCCCUAGCCCAAGGCAUUGGCCUCCUCACAGAUGCCCCCCACGGCUCCCCAAGACAGAGGCUGCCCCUCGCAGAUAGGUCAGGGCAGCCUGGAUCAGUUCAGUCCGAGCCCAUGUGGGUCCUGGAGCACUCGAGUAAAUACUGGGGUUAUGGGUGGUAAUUCACUAGGGGAUGGGAAAUGGGGUACAAGGCCUUUCCCCUCUAAGGGGCGCCGGCUCCCGUCCAGCCCUCGGGCAGAGACUAGCUGGCUCAAGGGGGCAAGGAAUGGGGCACGGGGCCUUUCCCCUCUAGGGGGCGCCGGCUCCCAUCCGUCCCUGGGGCAGGGACUGGCUGGCUCAGAGGAGCAGAGAAUGUGGCAUGGGGCCUGUUCCCUCUAGGGACAGAUAGCUCAGUCCUACAGCCAGUGGUUGAGGGGAGGAGGGGGGUUGUCCUGGCCACCCCCAUAGAGGGUUGUGUUGACUCUACAUUCCCUAGAAAUAGGCUCAUAUUGCUCCCGAUGGCCCAUGUACCCUGGUAUCCGGCCCUCUCCUGCUCCAUGGAGCCGCGCCGCUGGCCUAUCUAACCUGGUAUCCCACCCCUUCCCUGCCCUGGAUCAGUCCCAGAGGCCCAUCUGCCCCGGUAUCCUGCCUCAAACAGUGACCAACAGCUGGGGGCCAUCACGGAAGGCCCACCAUCACCGAGACCAAUCUUCACGUCAUGUUUUUCCGUCUGGGGCCCCCAAAUGGCUGCAGGUAGAGGCAGGGGAGCAGGAUGCCCCCCCACAAGGACUCCCCGCCUCCCAAUCGCCCCAGAGAAGGAAAUCCAAUGACAGAACUGGCCUCACGUCAAGCCCAGAUCACUCCAAGAUGCCCGGCCUGGCCAGCUGCUCCCUCUCCACAGCUCCGAUUUAGGGUGGAAUCUUCGUUAUCUCAGUUUUUUAAUUAUUAUUAUUAAUUAAAACACUUUUUGGUUGUUU